AUGUCAUAUUACCCAAAUACUCAAAUAAAUGUUAGCGGAACUUCCACAGAUUGGAGGUUGCAGUUCACUGAAGAAGAUAGGAAAAAUAUAGUGAGUAGAUUGUUUAAGGGGUUAGAAUUUCUUAAUAAGAAUAGCGAAGAGAACUUCAGUGACAAUCAAAGGUUCUUCUAUUCUAAAAAUUGGGAAAACGAAGCAUACAACAUUGCAAAUUCAAGAGACGAAUACAACUCUAUAAUAGGAGCUAAAUUAAAGGAGCUUACUACUCGAAUCAAUACUGCCGUCCAAAGAAAACAGCAGCACGUGAUGCAACAUUUACCCGAACAAAUUGCUACU